AUGACCACUUUGUUUCACGACAUGAUCCACAAGGAAAUUAAAGUUUAUAUGGAUGAUGUCAUCAUCAAAUCAAAGAGGGGAUCAAAUCAUCUAGAUGAUCUGCAAAAGUUCUUUGCUAGGCUACGCAAGUAUAACUUGAAGUUGAAUCCUGCAAAAUGUGUAUUUGGGGUUCCUGCUGGAAAGCUCUUGGGUUUUAUUGUCAGCCGCCGAAGUAUAGAACUGGAUACAUCGAAAAUCAAAGCCAUUCGUGAUCUACCUUCGCCGAAGAGUAAGAAAGAGCUGUUGAAGAAGGAUGAUGCGGUAAAAUGGGCAGACAAAUGUCAACAAGCGUUUGACAAAAUCAAAGAUUACUUGUCCAAUCCACCUGUGUUGGUUCCACCGGAAUCUGGUAGACCAUUGUUGCUAUACAUAUCAGUGUUGGAUAAUGCUUUCAGCUGCAUUUUGGGGCAACAUUAUGAGACUGGAAAGAAAGAGCAGGCGAUAUAUUACAUGAGUAAGAAGUUUACAUCAUAUGAGGCUCGAUAUUCUCUAUUGGAGCGUAUCUGUUGUGCCUUAACUUGGAUCGCCCAGAAGCUACGACACUACCUCUCCUCGCAUACUACUUAUUUGAUUUCAAGGAUGGACCCUCUGAAGUAUAUCUUUCAAAAGCCCAUGCCUACAGGUAAACUGGCUAAAUGGCAGAUAUUACUAAGCGAGUUCGACAUAGUGUAUGUUACACAGAAGGCAGUGAAGGCACAGGCUUUAGCAGAUCAUAUGGCGGAGAACCCUGUAGAUGAUGAUUAUAGACCGUUGAAGACUUACUUCCCAGAUGAGGAAAUAGCUUUUGUUGGGGAAGACAUUUCUGAAGAAUAUGACGGUUGGAGGAUGUUCUUUGAUGGAGCUAAGAACUUGAGCGGAUCCGGCAUCGGAGCUGUUUUGAUCUCACCAACUGGGCAACAUUAUCCGGUAUCAGCCAAAUUCAGGUCUGAGGCGAAGGCUACCAAGAAUCGGAAGUUAUUACCAUACUUGAAGUGCGUGCAUAGGCUGUGCAAAAGGUUCAUCAAAGCAGAAUUCAAACAUGUGCCAAGGAUCCACAACGAAUUCGCAGAUGCCUUAGCCACCUUGUCUUCCAUGAUUCAACAUCCCGAUCAUAAUUACAUUGAUCCUAUUUACAUCCACAUAUACGAGCAACCAGCAUAUUGUUUUCAUGUUGAGGAAGAGCCUGAUGGAAAGCCUUGGUACGAUGACAUUCGAGGAUAUUUGAAGAACGGUGAGUAUAUAGAUGAUGCAACAAGGGUACAAAAGCGUACAAUUCGGAGGAGGACUCCUGAUUUGGGGUUGCUAAGGUGUGUCGAAGCUGGAGAAGCCAACAGGUUGAUUGAAGAGAUACAUGCAGGAACAUGUGGUCCUCACAUGAAUGGCUUUACACUGGCGAAGAAGAUCUUGAGAUCGGGAUAUUUCUGGCUAACUAUAGAGACAGACUGUAUCCGCUAUGUUCAAAAAUGUCACCAAUGUCAGACUCAUGCAGAUAUGAUCAGAGUUCCCUCUAACGAGUUCCAUGUUACUAGUUCACUGUGGCCCUUUGCAGCUUGGGGUAUGGACGUCAUUGGUCUAAUCGAGCCAGCGGCAUCCAAUGGACAUAGAUUCAUUUUGGUUGCAAUUGACUACUUCACCAAAUGGGUCGAAGCCACCUCUUACAAAUCAGUGACAAAGAAGGUUGUGGAUGACUUUGUCAAAAAUAAUAUUAUCUGUAGGUUCGGGAUUCCUGAGUCAAUCAUCACUGACAAUGGAACCAACCUAAAUAGUGAUUUGAUGAGAUCAUUGUGUGAGAAGUUCAAGAUUAAUCACCAAAAUUCUACAGCAUAUAGACCACAGAUGAAUGGACUUGUUGAGGCUGCAAACAAGAACAUCAAGAGGAUAUUGCGCAAGAUGAUCGAUAAUCACAAACAUUGGCAUGAAAAGUUACCCUUUGCAUUGCUGGGAUAUCGUACAACCAUCAGAACUUCUAUUGGGGCUACGCCUUAUUUUCUGGUAUAUGGUAAUGAAGCUGUGAUACCUACCGAAGUGGAAAUACCAUCUCUAAGGAUUAUUCAAGAAGCGGAGUUGGAUGAUGCUAAAUGGAUACAAAUUCGGGCCGAAAAUCUUGCAUUGAUAGAUGGAAGAAAGAUUAACGCAGUUUGUCAUGGUCAACUCUAUCAAAAUAGAAUGGCCAGAGCUUUCAACCAAAAGGUUAGACCCAAACAUUUCUCACCUGGGCAACUGGUUCUGAAGCGGAUUUUUCCAAACCAAAAUGAAGCAAAGGGUAAAUUCUCGCCAAACUGGCAGGGUCCAUACAUAGUCUCUCGGGUAUUAACAGGCGGAGCCCUCAUACUUCCAGAAAUGGAUGGAGAAGUUUGGCCCAAACCCAUCAACUCAGAUGCUGUGAAGAGAUAUUACAUCUAA